UCCAGGCCAACAAAAAAGGAGAACGCGAAGUGUUGCAGCAAACCGCAUAAACCAGCCGCAAGAACCGAGUAUUAGUAGCAGCACGACCUUGUAGUACCUAGUAGUAGGUUGUAGCUCGGGCCUCAAUAGGCUACCUGUCUCUAGAAUUCUCGCUAAGAGGUGCGCGCCUGUUUUUCCGACGCUGCUCACUGAUAACCGGCGUAACAGCCCCGUGGUGCCGACAUCAGAGCGACACGUAGUAGCUUGGGACGAAACGGGUGUUGCGAAUGAUUAAAGAACGGAACUUGGCUCGCCGAACCACGGUAACCGCCCUCGCCAGCGUCGCUCUGCAGCAGCCUCGGGGUUCGCUACGUGCGCAGGUGGUUUGAUAGAAGAAGCCACGGGAACGAGCCAUCCGAUGGUUCAGGGAGAAAGCAGAGCCGAAAGCGUCGAAUAGCCGAAGGCGUCGAAUAGGCGAAUUGCUGCAAGAGACUGGGAAUUGCAAUUUUCUGUGCGCUUCAGGAUUCCCGGGGAGUCGAGUCUCAGAUAUUCGAGCGGGUACAGCCGUGGGACCUUCAACAUGGGUUUCAACGAGGACCAGCCAGUCGAAGGCGAACGGCCGCAUUUGUCCAGCGGAGGCUCAGGCCAAGGCUCACAUCACGCCCCUCUGCUCGCUUCCUCAACCUCCUCCUCCUCCAACACCCCUCUUUCCACUCCUUAUCCUCCUGCUGCUGCUGCUGGUGUUGGUGGUUUUGGUGGCCCGAAUGGUGCGACCCCUGCUCCCCCACCUCCCCCCUUCCCUCCCCCUCUUUCCCCCACCGCGCCUUUUUUCCAAAUGCCUCCCCCCACGCGCUUUUCCCUGCUCCCCUUCUCCUUCUCCCUCCCCUUCACCUCGCUCCUCCCCUCGGCUGGCCAUCAAAUCGGCGUUCCCGUGCCGGCCAGCCAGCCGUUUCCCCCUCAGCCAUACUCCCCGCAGCAGUCCCCCACCUCCCCACCGCCACACGCAUGGGCUGCCGCUUCAGCAGCAAUACCACCUCCACCGUUUCUGGCAACACAUGCUGGGGCUGCAGCAGCAGCAGUGGGGACUCCUGUCAACGCUUGGGCGUCUCAGCCCUACUCUCAGCCGAUAGGCACGCGAGUAGCCUUUUCCCGCUCGCCCACUCUCCUCCACUUCACCAUCCCUCCCCAGCGCUUCUCCUUCAAAGCGCUCCCGGAGAUUGUUUUUGCCCUGUUCUGGACUGCCUUCGUUGCUUUCUGGACAUUCACAGCAGCAACCUCCGGGGCUCCACUCUUCUUCGCUCUCUUCUCCAUCCCCUUUUGGGCUGUGGGCAUUGGCCUUCUGGCGCACUCAGUGCUGCGCCACAUCAUGGACGAAACAGUGACUGUGGACUCGUCCACGUGUCAGCUCACGAUUCUCCGGAGUGUUAAGGGGCAGACUCUGCCCUUCUUUGGGCUGUCCUCUGUGCACACGGCUCUCAUCCACGGCGCUGGAAUCAACAAUACGAUGCAGCACCACCACUAUCACCAUGACUCUUGGGAGCAUAGCGGCCACUAUCACCACCACCAUCACUCUCCGCCAAUCACUUUCUGCCAGCUCACCAUGGCGGGCGGCGAGACACUUUCCUUCGGCGCUCGCUUGUCACUGGCAGAGCAGCGUUGGCUGUCUCUGCAUGUCGCCUCCUUUCUGCAGGUGCCAUGGUUUGAGCCGCCCUUUUUACACGCCUACUGAAUCAAGGUUGAAGGGUGUGUGUGGCUUGCUUGCUGUGGGAUGGCUCCCACUUUAUCUCUCCCUUGGGCAAUCUGAGUCCCUCAUUUCUGAGUGGGAUGAAGAUGGUGGGCUUGCUGGUAGAUGUUGGUCACUCCAAAACAAAUGCUUCCUUGAAUGCAACACAUGGAUAUAGUAACUCAAUGAGUGUAUAUAUACACCACAGUUGGCCAGAGUG